UCAAAUGUGUUAAGAGAAAAAGAAAAAAAAAAAAAUCAGAACUUUCCCGAGAAAGUGAAAAGGAAAACAGUAGAGAAAAUGGGGAUAGCGGCAGGUAUUGGAGUAAUCCUACCAUUCCCAUUCUACUAUUGGUUAUGGAGUUAUCCACAAACAUGGGUAGACUUGUGUGGGAAAGCUCGAGACCCAUCAAAAGUGAUGGCUUUGGUCUCUCAUUUCAUCAAGCUAAUCCAGUUCAUCUCUCUCUUCUCAGUCUCAACCCUUUCAUGGCCUCCACCUCUCUACUUUUGGCCCCUUAUUGCAUUUGGCCAGUUUCUCAAUUUCAGGGUGUAUCAAUUACUUGGUGAAUCUGGGACUUACUAUGGAGUAAGAUUUGGGAAGAAGAUUCCAUGGGUGACAGAAUUCCCAUUUGGGUAUAUACAAGAUCCUCAGUAUGUAGGAAGCAUUAUGAGUUUAUUGGCUUGUUCAUCUUGGGUGCCCUUUCAAUAUAUUCUUCUGUGGACACUAGGAUAUGUGUUCAUGAUAAUCAUAGAAUCAAAGGAAGAUCCUAACACUCGUGCCAACCCAAUCUCUUAAGCUGCAACAAAACAACUGUAGUUCAAUAAGAAUAAAGCCAUAUGAUAUCACUUUUUUUGUUUUUAUGUUGUAUGGAUAGGCUAACACUUUAGUAUUUUCAAAGUUUAGUUUAUUAAUUACUUUUCUUCUCAAAAAGCUAUAUUUAUGAGA